UCUGUCAAGGAGCCAGGAACUUUACAACCUUCAGGUUAUGGAGGGGCCCUUUAAAUACUUAGGUAUUGGAGGCUGUCUAGGCUAGAAUAGAAUUUAAUAUUACCGUGCGUGUGUGUUAUUUUGGUGCCAUGUUGCUUAUAACGUUGUUAGCCUCUUUGGGAGCAGCAGUAGCAGUGCCCAUUCAGUACAAUGCUAUUUACCAUUCGCCAGCCGCCCUCCACGCACCAAUACCUGUUCCCGUUGCUGUACCCAAUUCGUAUCCAAGAUAUGCUUUCAAUUAUGGAGUUAAGGAUCCUCACACUGGAGACAUAAAAUCUCAACAAGAGGAGAGAGAUGGUGACGUCGUUAAAGGAAGUUAUUCACUAGUGGAGCCUGAUGGUUCUACACGAACUGUGUCUUAUACAGCUGAUGACCACAACGGCUUCAACGCUGUCGUCCACAAAACUGGCCAUGCCGUACAUCCAGUACCUGUUCAAGUAGCUCCUAUACAUUAUGCAUCAGCCAUCGGAGUUUCUCCUUACGGCCUUCAUUAAUUCCUUACAUAAUAGUAAUAUCUUCACAGUUCCAUAAUUAUUUAGUUUAUUUAAGUAUCUACUAUAAAGACUCGCUUACAUUUGCUAUUUUUCCAUUCUAAAAUGAUCUCAAUACUCGAUCGAACCUUGUCCUGCAUAUCAGUUAAGAUAAAUGAAAAAAAAAACACGCUUUAUUUAGAUAAAUUUAUAAAAUUAUUGUAUAGUCACCUACACCACCUUGGUCAAACUUGAAUUAAGUCGAUUACACGUAAACAUACACGUGAAGCUAAUAAAAGCGUGUUAAUAUAUGGCAUACAAUGGCAUGUUAACCCAGUGUAAAUGGAACUUUAUAGUGCUACUAUAGAUUUAUUAUAAUGUCUUAAUUGCAUUACCAACAUGAGCUGUACUACCAAAACAUUUACUUUCUAGCAUUGGAAUCAGAAUUGAUGAUAAUAAUUAUAGAUGACAAAUAAUUAUUAGAAGAUUUUUAUUCUAUAUGCGUAAAUCUACAUUUUUUCUUAGCUUUACUAACUUUUUAAUUUUCAAAUGAAUCUGGAUUAUUAAUUUUAUUACAUUUCUUUUUAUGUACUUAUUAAUUAUAAUACUCAAUAAUUUUACCUAAUAAUUAAGUAAAGGGAUGUGAUGAAUUUAACAAAAUGGUAGGUAUAUGAUUUGGUUAUUUUUUUCUAUUUAAAAACUUGUGUAAUUUAAAUCACGAACUGUUCAAUACAUUAAUUUAGUAUUUAAUUAUUUAUAAUUCCUUGUAUGAUUAAAUAAUUAAAUAUUUA